GCAAAACCUCUCACCUAUCUUUUUAUAAAAUAUAUAAGUAUCGAAUUUAUUUCCGAGAAAUGUCAAAGAGAAAACGACAUUAGAAAAGAAAGAAUACCACAACCCUCUUACAACCUUCAAAACAAAAGACUACAAAAAAACCAAGUGAUGGUGGUUGGAGGAGACGAAGGAUUUUGUUUUUCUGACAUGGGUGGCAGCCGACGCCCGACUGGGUCUCCAAGUCCUUGAGUUUGCCUCCCAGUUCAGGGAUUCAUUCUCCCAAUGUAGUAAUCGAGCCUUCAACUUGAUGGAUGUCAUUAGGGAUGUCAGUUUGGAUCGCCACCUGAAGAGUCUCUAAAUGAGCCCCGAGAGACUCAAUCCUCUCCUUGCAUGUAGUUGGUUUAGGACCCAUGGAAUCAUGCUCUAAUACCAAAUGUUGAAACUUGGUAAUCAGAGGUGUGAUUGUCUUCUUCUUAUGGCGAGAACCUGCCAGUGUAGAACUAUGAUUUUUCUACCAAAUAAAUUUGUUGCCUUUUUAUCCUUUUCAAUCAUCGUUAUAUAGAGAAGAAAGCUUACGAAAUUGUGAUCUGUUUCACAGAAGUUUGAUACCUUGAUCUCUACGAUUUGGAGAAUCAAUUACUUGAUCUCCCUACACCUACUCAAUAAAGAAAAGAUCCUCCCAGUAACAAGCCAAACAGAGGUAAUCCAUCCAGCACCCCUUUGUUGAACCAAGAAUGUAUUAAAUUUGGUUUCGAUCGAUUUGACACUAAACCAGUUCAAAUCGGACGACAACUUAACUUAAGCAAAGUAUUUUAUAAUUAAUCUCAAACAAAAUCUCUGGCGGGGAAUUAUUAUGUGAAUUAUCUCAUAGUACCUAAAAACAAUAGACAUUUUUCCUUCCCCUCUUCCCAAAAUAACAAGGAGGAAAAUCAUAAAAUGAGAAAAGAAAAAAUGAGUUUGGGAAUUGACCAAGUCAGGAAGAGGAAGAUGCAUGCAGCAGGUGAAUUGUGGAGUUUGUUCUAACAACAAAGAAACUACUCCCACCCAAAUUUAGCUCCACAAAAGCUAUUCAUUCCUCCAUCUUUCUAUUUGCCUAUGUUGCCUGCCUUGAACCAAAUUUGGGAGGAGGGUACAUUUGCUAAUUUUCCUCCCCUUUCUCCAUUUCUUGGCUUGGGGAGAGAAACCCCCAAGACCCAACAAAAGCAAACAGAAAUUAGGACAAACAAUCAGGAGGGGAAAAAAACGAAAGCAACCCAGCUUUGCCUUCCUCCCUCCUCCCAAAAAGAACCAAGAAACACAGAAAUCAACUCCAAAAUCCCUCUGGACCUCUGUAUUUCAGCAACACAAGCCCUGCCCUGCCUCGACCCCUGCUGUUAUCUGCGCUGAGGGGGGGUUGAUGGUGGCGAUUGACGGCAGCAGCUUGGCGAAAUGGGAAGCGACACGACGGCGAUGAGGAAAGUAAUGGUGGUGGUCGACCCCAGCAGGGAGGCGGCCGGGGCUCUGCAGUAUGCAUUGUCCCACGUUGUCACCGAGAAAGACGAGCUAAUCUUGGUCCACGUCGAGACCCAGAACUCGUGGAAGAGCACCUUCACCUUCUCCUUCCUCCGGAGGACUGGCAUUUCGAUCCCCGCCGUCAACAACAACAACAUUAACAACGGCAACAAUCAGUCCUCAUCGGCAGCAGCGGGAGGGGAAGGGAUGGCAGAGGGAGAGGUCGAUUUCUUGGAAGCCAUGAGGCAGCUGUGCGAAGCGGCCAGGCCACGGCUGAAGGUGACGGUGGAGAGGCUGCAGAUGGGAGCCAAGGACAAGGCCAGCGUCAUCCUCUUCAAGAGCACCGCCAUGGGCGUCGACCAUCUCAUCAUCGGCCAGAAGAAGAGCCUCUCCAGCGUCUUGUUAGGGAACACGAAAUACAAGAAGCCGGGAGGGCUAGGGCCGAAGUCACUGGACACGGCAGAGUAUUUGAUCGAGUACAGCAAGUGCAACUGCGUGGGAGUUCAGAAGAGGGGACAAACUGGAGGCUAUCUUCUCAAUACCAAGACCCAAAAGAACUUCUGGCUCCUCGCAUAAUAUAUAUACACGAAUCACAAUGUAUGUAAUUUUUGAAGGCAUUCAAAUCAUCAAUUUCAUGUUUGAUAAUUGAAGUUUUCUUAAACCCUAAAAAUACUACUUUUUUUCUUCAUUUCUCAUUGAACUCAGUGAGGAAAUAUAUUGUUCUGUUUUGCCCAAAAACAACAGAAUCACACUCAAUUACUUGGGAUGAUGACUCGGGAGAAUCUGCAUUUUUUAGUUGAUUCUCACCCUUUGUUCAAAACCUUAACCAACAAUCAAUGAAUCUAUGGUUGUGCAUGUAAAUGUUCUGUUUUUUCUCAUUCCUUUUCUUCCCCACUUCUUUUUUACCAAGUGAAAAUGGGAGUUGUAAGUGUCUAACUGAGAAAGACGAAACAGAAAUGGAACUCUAACUUAAAUAAUUGUUUUGUAUUUACCUUGAUCUCGUUUUCCUUGUUCCCAAAGGAUUAGGCUAAAUAUGCAUAUUUCAAACUCGAGACAGGAGUGAUCUAAAUUAUUCGACCAUAAACUGAACAUUUCCGGGUAAGGGUGUAUCACUCAAAGAUUAGAGCCCAGGAAAAAAAAUAAAGAUGAAGGAAGAAAUUUGUACCCCUAGGAAUUCUAAAGUUCAUCGUGCAUGCCUGCUUCAAUAGACUUUGUCUUUGCAUAUCUGCACACGGAAUGCCUUGGCAUGAAAAGUUACAAGGAACGCUUCAGUUGCACUUGGUUUGACAUGGAACAACAUAUUCAAAAUCCAGGAAAUAGCCACGGCUAACCACCACAUGCAAUCAUAACAAAGAGGCUUUGAGUAUAGGCGACAUUGUGUAAGAAGUUCUUAUAUUAGCUGCAGAUACAUACAAAACAAAAGGAAUAACAAGAACAAGCAAAGACCAAAAGAAGAAAUAAAAAAACCUACCGCAAAGUCAUAAGUGUGUUGGAACUUCUUUCCGCCUCCUGAAACAAGGAACAAGAAAGAAAUUCAGAUAGCAAGCUAGAGCUACCCCUACCACUAUAAUUUUUUCACACGAGAUUGGAAGUAGGGUAAAUGAAAAGGCAGUUAAACCUGAACCAUAAGUUGUCGAGUGCGUCUAAGGAUUUUUCCGUAAUGCUUUCUGCUGCAGAUGUCAUCCCAGCCUUUUUCCUGGAAGAAAUUAGUUAUUAUGUUAGUCAUUGCCAAUUUGGAUGAACCAAAACAUGAAAGAGAAAUGAAAACUGCACCAGUCAAUUGCCAUCUUAGUGAGCUGUUGCAUACUGAAGAUUUCGCCCUGCGUGCUGUGGACCCUUCUCCACCUCCCAAAAGCAAUUUUCUCUGUGAAUGCAGAGAACCAUGUCAAAUCAGACCUCAUCAAUAUGCUAGAAUUUCACUAACAUCAAUAGUUAUGAGGUAAUGUGUGGGAAUUCUAACUACCUCAGGCUGCGGAAGAAAUCAAUAAGAACCCCCAUAAUCAAUGACUAAUGUGAUU